AUGGUUCGUUCAACUCUCGCCGGCCGCCUCCUGGCCGCUCUGCUCUUCGCUACCGGCGCCGCCGCUCACGCCGAGGGAUGUGGUUGUUCCGCCGAUGGCGUCAAGCGCGUCACGUACAUCGUCGUCGAGAUGCCAGAACAGGAGCCAGAAAACUUCCCGUCAUACUCGACCAUCACCCCUACGUCAACGCUGCAGACCGUCACUAAGCCUGCAGCCACCGCCGACUUCAAUGCUCAAGUCGCCCAUGUCGUUGAAGACAUUCCGGCCUUUGAGCCCGUUGGCGUGAAGCCCGAAACCCUCCGCCCGGCUGAGAACACCACGCAUACCUUUGGUCCCUCUGUCCCUCCCAACAUCGACACCAAGGAUCCUAUCAACAUUGUCCCCGCGAAGAACAUCUCCCUCUACUACUCGGCCACCGAGACCAAUGACCAGGGUUCCAUCAACAUGACCCUUGCCCUUAACAACCCUGCUGUGAUUCUUGAGCAAGUCGACGCCAUCAAGACCGUCGUCUGCGAUGACGAUGAGCUCACCGUUUCCUUCUCUGACGCCGAGUCCUUCGACGAGGCCGUCAAGGACUGGUCCGAGUCUGAGGAGGGCUUCAUCCUCAUCACCAACCACUUGGGCAACUGCGACGCCGAGUUCGAGCGUGGUUUCUUCCUUGCGACUGGUCUCAAGUCCAACAAGGAUGAGCUCUCCAUCACCGUUGCUGCUUCCAAGGAGGAGUUGGCCAAUAUCGCUGGCGAAUGCGAAAUGUCCUUCUCCUCCCUCCCCGCCGCCACUCUCUCGAAGCGUCUCACUCUCGACCCUAGCGUCUCGCUGAGCUUUGCCGAGGGUCUCGCCAACAACACCGUCAUCUACAGCGACGGCCAGUACAUCAACGUGACCGCCGAUGAAGCCUGGUUCUCCUCCACCAUCACCUUCUCCGGCUACCUCAAGUACAACUUCUGGGGCUUCAAGCUGCAGGCUCUGUACUUUGACCUCGACACCACCUUCGACUCCGCUGUUGGCAUCUCUGUCGAUGUCGCCGCCGCCUUCAGCCACGAGCUCAAGUACGCCCCCGACGAGCUGUCCUACUCUCUCGUGUCGGUCCCCGGCCUCGUACAGCUCGGUCCGGGUGUCGCCUUCGCCGUUGGUCUGGACGUCGACGUCUCCGCCGCCGUAGGCGUCACCGCAGGUCUGAGCGUGGCUCUUCCUGCCGGUAACGUGCACCUCGAUCUCCUCGACAGCAGCAAGUCGUCGGCCACGGGCUGGGAGCCCAAGUACAGCAGCUACGCCAACAUCACCCAGGCCGCCGAUGUGCGUGUCGACGCGUCGGCCGACCUCACGGUCCAGUUGGCCAUCAAGUUGCUCGGUGGUCUCGUCGACCUCAGCUCCGGUCUGACUGCCACCCCUGGCUUCGACAAUCGAUUCAAGCUUCGUGGCGAGCAGAACCUCGGCAUCGGCGGUAACUUCACCAGCAAGCCCUCUGACGUGAUCGUCGAGGUCCCCAAGGACGGUCUCGUGUGUGCCGAGAAGAACGGCGUCGAGUUCGCUACAGACUUUUACUUCAACCUGAAUGCAUUCGCGACAAAGUGGUGGAAUGCCGAUCUGUACAACACGCGCGUGCCUCUCUGGGAUCUGUGCUACAGCUUUUAA